AUGACAAGCCAUUUGAUUAGUGGAAAAGAAGCAGUACCAUUCAGCACAACACACAAUAUUGGUAAAAGUAAAAGAAGACAUGGAAAAAUAGGCGCUGGGCUGCACAAGUAUGCAAAACAGUCUACCAAAAGAAAUGGCACAGAGGACUUUGACAGAGUAAUACAGUUUCUCAAGACUGCGAAAGGACCACAGAAAACUAUUGCUAUUGCCAAAGCCUGUGGUUAUGAAAGCAAAGGACAGAUAAACCCAACUCUCUAUAAAAUGGAGAAAAAAAAACUGGUAGAAAAAACACAAGAAAGGCCACCUGUUUGGAGUUUGUUACCUGCCGGCAUGAAUUUGCCCAUUAGUGCCAGUAGCUUAUCUCACAGAGGUUUUCACCAUUCACACAGCCCUAGCAAGCAACAGCAAAUGCAGCAUAUCAAUAUUAAUAAUCAUUAUCCUGGGAGAGGUAACAAUUAUAGGGGUUUCAGGGGACGGAACAGGGGAAGGAACAGGGGGUCACGAGGUUUCAAGCAAAACAUAAGUAAUGAGGCUAGGUUUAGGAAUAAUACACUCAUUGAUGCUGAAGCUAGAUCAUCUCCAAGAAGUGAGUUUUCAAGAAAUGAGUCGUUUUCGCAAGGUCUCCUGUCUUCAAAAGAUGCAGCUUUGGGUAGUAACUUGUUUACAAAAUCAGUCAAUGACACAAAUGCACCAGGAGCAUACAGGGUG